CAACCCGCCUGCUGUCGUGGGAGCUCUUUCCCUUGCAGAGGGGCUGAGCUGUGUGUGUGUGUGUGUGUCUGUGCGUGCGUGCGCGCAGGCGGGGGGUGGCUGCCUUAUGGAUUUAUUCAAGGCUGGGAGUGAACACAUGGGUGGUGGUGGUUGUGUUUCUUUGGCCCACGGCGCCUCUCAGACUUGCCUGCUGGGGUUAUGGAUUCAAUCAUUAUUCAGGAGCUGUUAGUGGAACGGCUGCUUUGUCCCCGGACGCAGGCCCAGAGAAGCCACCCGGUCAAGCUGAAGGACCACGAGAAGCAGUAUGUGGGAUUCGCCACUCUGCCUAACCAGGUGCACCGGAAAUCUGUGAAGAAGGGCUUCGACUUCACCUUGAUGGUAGCCGGAGAGUCGGGCCUGGGGAAAUCUACCUUGGUGAAUAGCCUGUUCCUGACAGAUCUUUACAAAGACAGGAAGCUUCUCAACGCAGAGGAGCGAAUCAGCCAAACGGUGGAGAUCCUGAAACACACCGUGGACAUCGAGGAGAAGGGCGUCAAGCUGAAGCUGACGAUAGUCGACACCCCGGGCUUUGGAGAUGCUGUUAACAACACUGAGUGCUGGAAGCCCAUCACCGAUUACAUCGACCAGCAGUUCGAACAGUAUUUCCGUGACGAGAGCGGCCUGAACCGGAAGAACAUCCAGGACAACCGAGUGCACUGUUGCCUCUACUUCAUCUCGCCCUUUGGACACGGGCUGAGGCCGGUGGACGUCGAGUUCAUGAAGGCUCUGCACGAGAAGGUGAACAUUGUGCCCCUGAUCGCCAAGGCCGACUGCCUGAUCCCCAGUGAGAUCCGGAAGCUAAAGGAGAGGAUCCGGGAAGAGAUCGACAAGUUUGGGAUUAAAGUUUACCAGUUCCCAGACUGCGACUCUGAUGAAGAUGAGGAAUUCAAACAGCAGGACCGGGAGCUGAAGGAGAGCGCUCCCUUCGCCGUCAUCGGUAGCAACACAGUGGUGGAGGCCAAAGGCCAGAGAGUGCGUGGGCGGCUGUACCCAUGGGGCAUCGUGGAAGUGGAAAACCAGGCGCACUGUGAUUUUGUGAAGCUGCGGAACAUGCUGAUUCGGACGCACAUGCAUGACCUGAAGGAUGUCACCUGUGAUGUUCACUAUGAGAACUACAGAGCUCAGUGCAUCCAGCAGAUGACCAGUAAGCUGACUCAAGACAACAGGAUAGAAAGCCCCAUCCCUAUCCUGCCCCUUCCGACGCCUGAUGCUGAAACGGAGAAGCUGAUCAAAAUGAAGGAUGAAGAAUUGCGGAGGAUGCAGGAGAUGCUGCAGAAGAUGCAGCAGCAGAUGCAGGACCAGUGAGAACCAGAAGGAUGGAGGGCAAAGGGAAUCCCUGGCGACCUUCUGGGUCCCAGCUUGAGAAGUGGCCGUUGUAGGAAGAAGUUCCCCAUUACCUAGAGACUUGUGGGCGAGAGCUGUGCCCCCCCACCCCCUAAUUUAUUAGCAGUGACACUGGCUUUUCUGUCAGCUGGAGUGCGGAAGAGGCUCUUCACUUAGCAAUU